CUUGUCGCCUCGAAAACAUUUUGGCGUCUUCUUGGCCACCUGAAAAUGAAUGUUUUCAAGGGGAAACUUUAAUGUUUGGAUCCACCUUUUCUUGAGUCUGCUUUAGAAUCUCGGGACAUUGAAAGAUGAACCAAUUCAGGAAAGCACAAUUUUUGUUCCCUUUUCUUGUUUUCAUGAUUGUUUUCAGCUCGGCAAGGACAUCUGUUGACCAGCGUAGCGCUACAUUUACAGACUACGUCGAGGGACUGUCAAAGGAUCUGAGGAUUUCAAAAGAUGAAAAUAUUCUCUUUAUACUUGACAAAGAAUUUCUUCGUCGAAACACCAAAGUUGAAGAUCAGCAUCGAAUACAGUUCACAUCCCACUUUGAUACCUCAGCCAUCGUCAUCAAGAACACGUUCAAACUUCACUUGGCCUUUCUUAAAUUUCCCACAAAAGAUAAGGUUAUCUAUGCUUUUAACGUCCUUGACGAGGAUGGAUUUAAAGUGGCUUACAACACCCAAGAUUUGCUUGUAAACACAACAAAAACGAUAGACCUCUAUGACACAUCUUGGCUUUUGGAUCAGUGGAAGGAACAAAGAAGUCUUGGUAAAGUGAAAGUUGAGUUUAACGUCACAGACGCCACGCGGAAAGAAUUUAAGAAGUUUGAAGAGUGGCGAAAAUAUGGACCCGUUUUUCUCGUGGCCUAUUUCAAGAGUAUUUCAACUACGUUUACAAGAUCUUUCUUUGCUGGUAAUAGGCCAAAUAGACGUUAUAGGCUCCGCAGUGGUCGGUUCCCGACUGAAUGUCGACUUCACAGCUUCAGAACCUCGUUUGCACAACUGGGCCUGUCCAAAGUGUAUGUUCGACCAAAAGGGCUUAUCAACUUUUCUUUGUGUUAUGGCCGAUGUGAUGUAGCCAACAGCAUGAGUUCCUUCUCGAAAUACAUAACACCCCAUGCAUUCAUCUUGGAACUCGCCAAACGGAGACAUGUGUUUUCGUCCCCAGCAGUUCACGGGAAUCUCUUGAAGAGUAAAUGCGUUCCGACAAAAUAUCAAGGACUUGAUGUUUUGAAAAGAGAGUCCAAUGGUAACUUGGUGAGAAAGACUAUUUUUGACUUAACUGCAAGCGCCUGUGGCUGUCGCUAAAUGUCUCGACAUGAUUCACAGUCAACGAAAACUCUGGGGGGUUCAAAAUUAGCGCUGAAGGCCAAAUUUACUUUAAGAUGCUAGCUUUCUGCUACUUUUGUAUCUUUUAGGACUUUUUACUAAUGUGCAACAUAUUUGCUCACCUAGUUUUUAUCAUAUCAUUGUUAAGAGCAUCUAAAAUAAUUUUGUAUCAUUCACUUUGUUUGUUGGGGCUUCCUUAAUGUUAAAAGUUUAUACCUUCUCUGCUUUAAGUGAAAUGGUAGUUCUGUAGUUUUGACACUCAAUAAA